AUGUGUUUUAAACGCUGCUUUCUCUCACGCUCUGCCUAUAAUGAACUGUUGGUUGUGGGUAGCCGUUGGAGGCGUUUUCUUGCCAAGCCCUCCCCCCAGGACUUGGACUCGUCCUCUACAAACCCCAAACUCGUCACCUCUCAAGUAACUAUUAUUCCCACACUACAUAUUGCAAGCAUAAAGUUUUACGAUCAGGUGCUCGACUACUUGCGCAUCGCUGUCCAGCGUAAUAAGAAUACUGUUAUUUUCCUCGAGGGUAUAUGUGAUAGUUGCGAGGCUCAGCAAGCUCAGAUGCGGGAGUAUCAUGAAAUUGUGCAAAAUAAAUCCCUACAGGAAGCGAUUGUGUUGAAAGCAAACCAAAAUAACCUGUACACCGAGAAUACCAUGCGAGAUAUCUGUGAGGAACUUUCGGUGGAUUACGAUACCCUGCUCCGCUAUACGAACGAGGUACGGCUGCAGGAAUGCUACCUGAAACCAAAAAUUGCGGCGUAUUGCGGGCUCAAUUUAUGCAACACGGUCGAUCUGGAUAUGGGGAAAGUGCAAGCGUUGCUGCAGGAUGAGGCAAUCCGCCUGAGCACCUUGGGCGAAUCCCUGCCCUCUAGUGUUUCUGUGACAGAAAUUGGGUCGUUCCCCGUUAUUCGCAAGAAUCGUGAACGUAGGGUGGCCCAACUGGCCCGCAUGCAAUGCAAGCAAUGGUAUCAGGAUGGUAUCGAAAGUGAAGUGAUUAUACCCUGGGGAUACUUCCACUCAGAAGCUAUUAUUCACAACAUAAUUGAGGGAAAUGCGGACCCAAUAGAUCAAGAUUCCACUAAUCAGGUUGAUGUAUCAGUCAGCCGAGGCAGUAGUACAAGUGAACCUGGUAAAAUAGAGUCAAAUCUUGAUGAAAAUACUUCUGGUACGGCUAGUAAUCUUUCCAGAAGCAAAAAAAGCACACCAGUAUCGGCAUCCCCUGAUAAGCCCACUUUAGUGUUUGUUGAGGCUGAUGAACUUGUCGCUAAGGUCCCUUUUGGACUCCCGAAAGACCUUGUUGAGAUAAAGACAGACACGAACAGCUGA